AUGGCCGGCAAACAGGAAAACACUUCCCAAAAUCUACUCAACAACAAGUGGGACCUUGUCUUGUCCAACACUUUGAUCAAGACCGCCAUGGGUUUUGGCGGCGGUGUUUUGGCGUCCAUUCUUUUUUUCAGAAGAAGAGCUUUCCCCGUAUGGAUCGGCGUGGGCUUUGGUUUAGGCAGAGGCUAUUCGGAGGGUGACGCUAUCUUCAGAGCCGACAACUUCCACGGCAUCAGAUUGCAGCAGAGCUAG